CAUCAGGAUAGUCUAUUUUUUUUUGUUUCUUUCCACUGCACAAUGACUUAAUACUGCUAUUAUCUAACUGUAUUGCUGGGGACAUGCAUAGUGCUUGGGAAUGUGGAGUUAUAAUCCAGUGUUUUAUGGGUGAUCUGCCAUUGUGGCAGGGUUCAGCAGUCUAGGCUGGUUUAGAAUAGCUGAAAAACACCAACUUUUCAACAUGCUUUUCCUGAUUUUGACUGAUCUAUAGCUAACGGUCUCACUAAAUACGUUCCCAGAGAUGAUUAACAUGUGGAUUUACGUGAUUACCAGUCGUGACGUCCAUUCCCAAUCCCAUUUGGACUGAGGUUUCAGGUCCCUAAGCGGUUAAGAUUGUUUUAUCCACAAGGGGCGAGCGACCACUGGUCAAAUAAGUCAGAAACCAUCGGUUUUAAUAGUGAUUUGUCGCAGCUUCUCGUGAUUGCAUCAAGUAUUGAGACAAAAGCGGCCGAAUCGCUACAGAACUACAUUUCCCAAAAUGCACUCGUUCAUUUAAAGGCGGAAAUGCUUUUCGGUCACCCAUUACAACACAAGCAAUGUGAGCGCCGUAGUUGAGUAACUAUGUGGACAAAAUUCUCUAUAUCGAUGCUGCUGUCAUGGCGAUCUCUGCCUCCAUGUCUGGCCAUAGGAAAACGGGCCUCCUGUGUUUAUGCUGGUGCUCUGGAUUUUGUUCCAGCCAGCAGCUCAGUCAACAGGAGCUCUUUGGAGCAGCUCCAGAUGUUUGUAACCCGAGCCUCACGUCUGUUUGUGAUAACUGGAGCAGGACUGUCCACUGAAUCAGGAAUCCCUGAUUAUCGGUCAGAGGGUGUGGGGCUUUAUGCACGGACAGACCGCCGGCCUAUGCAGCACUCAGAAUUUCUGCGCAGUGCAAAAGCCCGGCAGCGCUACUGGGCCCGGAACUAUGUGGGCUGGCCACAGUUCUCCUCCCACCUGCCCAAUUCAGCUCACUAUGCCCUGAGGGACUGGGAGGAGAAGGGCAAAAUUCACUGGCUUGUCACUCAGAAUGUAGAUGCUUUACAUUCAAAGGCAGGACAGCAGAGGCUUACUGAGCUGCAUGGCUGUUCUCAUAGGGUCAUGUGUCUGGGUUGUGGUCAGCUGACUGCCCGUGAGGAGCUGCAGAAGUGCUUUACUGCUCUGAACCCCGGGUGGGAGGCAAGUGCAGGGGCAGUGGCACCAGACGGAGAUGUGCUGCUGGAGGAUGAGCAGGUGCGGUACUUCAGGGUGCCAGCGUGCCAGUCUUGCGGUGGCAUCCUCAAACCUCAAGUGACAUUUUUUGGUGAUACAGUUGAUCGUAAGACUGUGCAGUUUGUGCACGACAGGCUGGCUGAGUGUGAUGCUGUACUCGUUGCUGGAUCUUCACUGCAGGUGUAUUCCGGGUACCGUUUCCUAUUAGCGGCCAGUGAAAGACUAAUCCCAGUGGCCAUCCUGAACAUUGGCACCACGAGGGCUGACCACCUUGCUGAGCUUAAAGUGAGUGCACGCUGCGGAGAAGUGCUUCCAACCCUCAAUACCAGCUGAGAUGGAUAAACGGAUGGAACUGCUUUCCUCUUGACUCUGAAAGCUUGUUUCACACAGUCUGUACUGUUUUACUUCAUGGCUGUUCCUGUAAAGCAUUUGGACUCUAACUCAGUAGGGAAAUAACAGAAAAACUAGAACUGUUAAGUGGCUGAUUUGUUAACAGUAACUGAAUUUUAAUGGUUUUAUUUACUGAAAAUGUAGAAGAGGAGCAGAAUUAAUGAUGGAAAAUUGGGAAACUGUGGGUAAUUUAGUUAUAUCUUUGUCAUUUUCACCUGUGAGUGAGACCUUAUGUUUAUUUGCAACUCAGGUUAACAUGGUAGCAUCAAGGAAAUGUACAUCACACAGAGGUGAUGUCAGGAUAGUGCUGAAAUGGGUAGUGCUGUUAAGCCCUUGGAAACAUUUUUAACCUGUUUAUUGACUGUUAUAUACCCAACAGAAAGGUUACUGGACACAGAUUCAUUUUGAAGUGUUUAAAGAGAUUAAACAUGUAAAAUAUAUAUUUAUUGUAGAGUCAUAACACAGUUGUGUAGCAUUUACAUUAAGUGGGAAUAUGGAUUACAUAAUCUCAGAUCAAUCACUUAGCAUAUUUUAUUUUUCAGUCAGUAUCUCAUUGAGUUCUACUGAAACCUUAAGGUUACUAUAUGUAUUCUGAGAGGAACUAAAAUGUUCUCCAUUAUUGAAUGCUGCCAUGUAAUGCAGGGAAGAUGUCUCAUCUUUCAGAUGUUGUUACCUUAGAAAUAAAUUUUUUAAUAUGUA